CAGCCGUGUCCCUCCGCCCCGCGUGGCGCCGAGCGGGGAGGAGCGCGGAGGCGCAGUCAGUCGGUCGGUCGGUCUGCUGGCGGAGAGGGAGGCUGCGGUCGCUCCUCACAGGUGCCUCGUCCUCGCAUUCCCCUCAUCGCCUCCUCAAGUCACCUGGAUUUUAAAAACAAAAAAAACCUAUAAACUAAAUAAGAGAAGAGACCAGAUUGGGGGGGAGACAUCAGAAGAGAGAGAGAGAGAGAGAGAGAGAGAGAGAGAGAGAGAGAGAUGGGUGCGUUCAGGGUGCUGCUGGGGAGUUUGCAUUACGUGGGACUCUACAUCCAACUUGGUGUCUCCGCGAGGCAGGCUGGACACGGCGAGGUGGGGAACCACAUCUCCGGCAACGCCAUGUUCACAGAGGUGCCUCAUGACAUGACCGCCCAGAGAGGUCAGGACGUGGAAAUGGCCUGCUCCUUCAGGGGGGCUGGAAUGCCCUCGUAUUCACUUGAGAUCCAGUGGUGGUACAUCAGGAACCAUCUGGACUGGACGGACCGACAGCCCUGGACGACCAACGAGGUGGCUCCAGAGGAGGAGAUGCCAAAGGAUGCUACAAAGAUAAGUGUUGUGAAGGUUGUAGGGAGCAACAUCUCCCACAAACUCCGCCUCUCCCGGGUCAAGCCGUCCGACGAGGGCACCUACGAGUGCCGCGUCAUCGACUUCAGCGGCGACGCGGGGGCCCGCCACCACCGCGUCCGGGCCUACCUGCAGGUGGUGCCGCCGGGCGACAUCAUCGACGGCGCGCACGGCGACAACUUCGAGGCCGCGGACGAGACCAAGAGAGGAGGGGGCGACGGGGAUUCUCACGGCCACCACCAGAACCACGGGCACCACCAGGAGCACAGCAAGCGGCCCUCGUCGCCGGCUCGCCACGGCGGCGGCGGCGGCGGCGGUCAGCAGCAGAGCGCAGGCAGAGAGCUGAGGAAGAGGGACGCGGACAGUGACCACGGCGACAAUGACUGCACCAACGAGCCGAGCUGCGCGCCGUAGACGACGGCCCGCCACCGCCUGAGCGAUGCAUUGCACGGGGAUUGCGUAACGCGAUGAGUGUCACAGCACAAAAAAAGCUACUCUUCCCACACAGUGUGUAGGCCCUUUGCACAAAUCCAGAAUCCAUAGGAAUGUACAGAACGGCUUGUUCCGUGCUCGCCCGCUGAAAGCCUGUGCAGGGGAAUUUAGCUUUUUUCUUGCUGGGUCGUGGUUGGACCGCUCACCGUCCAUGACAUUCAGCGAAAAAAAAGCGGGUGCUGACACGCACAGUAGAUCCCGGCGGCUCCACUGUUCCUGGUCUCAGCACCAUCACAAAAAAAUUAAAACAAAGACUCUUGCUCCUACUCUAACCCCAUGCUGUGUUCCACUCUUUAGAUACUGUAAAUGACACGACCCUGCUUUCACGCUCAUAAUCCUCCCACUUGCCUCACGCUGUCAUUCGAUGCACUCUCGGAAAGCAAAAAGUGUCACCUAAUAUUAUACCUUUUGAAACCGGGCGUGUUCCCUGUAAAAGGAAAUGUUCCUUUAAUUCUGAGAGUGCGCCGGAUGAAACUCGACCGCCACUAAUUCGUUCCCUCGGAAAUCUUUACCUGUUGCUUUGUACCCAGAGCAAAAGCUUCAUUACACCUUUUUUUUGUUGUGCACCCAAAUGAUGGACACGACUAUGACGCAGAACUCGUACACACCCGAUGUUCGGCCAGUUAGUAGCUUGCGAUUAAGCGGAAAAAGAGGAAAUUCUUCAGCAGGAAUUCGUCGAAAGAUCCCAGGGUAGCAGUGAUCAUCAGGGACGGACAAGUCCUCUUUUAAAUCGGGAUCUCGGUGCACGGUGCUCAUCGAUCAUUUAAAAAAAAACCCCGCCUCAAUCCCCUCCCCGCUACAGGCCUCUGAAGCCACUCUGUAAAUACGACUUGUAUAAUAUGAAACAAAGUGAGUGCAUGUCCAGUUAAUUUUCUUAACAGACUUUUUCAACCAACCACACACAAAGACAGCGAGUUAGUCAAAGGAUAUUUCUGUCAUCUUUUUUGAUUUGGUGCAAUUAAAAAAAGAGUCCAUCCUGUUCUCUUCUUCUUGUUCUGUUUGGGAAAGUCUUGUCAAAUAUGAGAUCUUUUUUUUUUUUUCCUUCUGAUGCUUCGCCGCUCUACAAAAGUGCUGUACAGACAGAUGAAUGGCGCCUUCUCUUCAUAGCUGCUCAGAGAGGGGGGUUUUUCCCUAAUGUAUCUUAGUACGCGCUCGAUGUGCGGGGGCUGCAAACAUGAGUGUUACCGUAUUUUAAUGAGCCUGAACACAGGCGUCAUUUUAGUUGGGGUCUGAAAAAGGUUUGACGGGCCCUUUCUAACUUCUGCCGGGGUUUUUUUUUUGGUAACUUGAUGAUGUCUCCGCAUAGAUUGCUUUGUGCGUGAGGCGCCCGCCUCGUCUGUAGAGGGUCCCCGUGAGCGGACAGCGUGGGACGAAUGCUUCGACCCCGCGGGGGGGUCCAACGGGACAAAGUGACGGCGGGUGACAAACUGGACGAAGCCUUUCUCACCCUGUGCGAGUGAAGACUGAGAAGGGGAGUGUCGAUGGCGAAACGCGGCGAUUGGCUGUCCACAGUGCCCCCGAGAUGUAAGUCUGUCUCAAGGCCACGAGGAGCUUUUCUCCUUUGCCGAAGUGUCCCACUCGUAGACCGGGAGGCCAGUGGCCAGUGGGAAUUGGUUUCGUCUUUUCAACCGGUAACUUUGAUUUGAUGUUUUGUACAGAAGAGCUCACUGUUGGAACAACAGCAACAAAAAUGAAGCGGGAUAAUGUACAUUUCUUCUAGAAUGUUUGGUCUCACGCUCAGUGUAUGCCUUUAUCAAAUGAAAUAAAUUGUAUAUGAAACAACA